UAUCACAACCUUUUCCCAGUUCAUAUUAUAAAACAUUUCUCUCUCUGUCUCUCCGCUUCUCGCUGUCUCAUACUGCAGAAUUUUUUUCCGUGCAGCAGAAACACUGACCGAAGAAGAAACAGUAACAAAAUUCAGAACCCAAUAAAAUCAACCAGAAAACCCUAAACUCGCUUGGAAAAAACCUUGCUUGCGAUUUCCAUGGAGUCUCUGUCUAGACCUCCUCACAGAAGAAAACACUCCACCUCCACAGCAAAUGCCUUCUCGUCCUUUUCCUCGAAAAACCCUUACGAUGAUGUUCUGUUAUCGAGCGGCGGCGGAGGGCGGGGUUCGUUGGGGACGAAGCUUGGAGUUCAGGAGUACGCUGAGAUUUUCUCCGGGUCGCAGCGCGAGUCGUCCAUUCCGGUUCUCGAUCUUUCUGGCCUGGAAGAACGUGCCGGGUCGGGUGAUUUUCGGAGCUCCAAGCUUGACUACUCCAAUAUUUUUGGUGGCUUUAGGGAUGAGGAUGUAGCUGUACCGUACGAACAGUUGUUUGCUGGAGGAAAAAUAAGAAAAACCUCUUCUGAUAAACCAAGGACUCCAGCAAAUAAAGGAUCUCCUCUACGAGAGUCACAUCGUUUAAAUUCUUCUGGAAAUAAUGAAGGUUUCCCAGUUGAGGCACUCGAUAAAUCUAUUGAUAGCACAAAGCAGCAGUUUAACCUGUCAUUCAAUAAGUCCGGGCAACAAAGUAGUGAUGGGUCAAAUGGGAAAAUGCAUGUAGCAGAACUCCAUGCUGUUCCUGGAUUUACUUCUUUUGUUGAUGGAACUGCACAUCUGCAUAAGACAGAAGGCAAUAGGCCUGCACCUUCACUGAAACGUGAAGUUAGUCGUGCCUGGAGUUUCAGUGCUGAAGUUGAACAAAAUCAUGGCGGGAAAUCUGAGGCACAUAUCUUAAAUAAUCAAAUUUCUGACAGUGCUGUCAGAGGUAAAGUUGAAUCAAGUUUGGAUGAAUCACAUAUCACUGAUAAACCGCUUAACAAAGAGAAAAUUAAUUUCAAAUCACACGAUUCAAAAGUCUUGCCACCUUCGAGUUUUCAAUCGAAUCUAAAUGAGCAGAAGGCCCACAGGCGAACAAGGUCAUCAAGUUUUGGCUCUAAAGCUGAUGCUUCAGAAAAUAUUGAUGGUGACUCUUCACUUCCUUUUUUUGAUGAGGAACUGGAUGUUAAUUCAGUUGCUGCAGCAUCUGCAGCAGUGUUAAAGAAAGCAAUUGAGCAGGCUCAAGAAAGUAUAAGAAUCGCUAAAGAGAUAAUGGAGAGGAGAAGGGAAUGCUUUCGAGAUGGUUCUAAACCAAGUCCUAGGGGCCGCUUGAAACUUAAGAAGGAUAAGAAGGAAAAAAGAAUUGUUCCUGACACAAACAUUUCAAAAGAGAACAAUGCUCCUACAAAAACAUAUGAAAGCCUAGAUUCUGUAUUGCCGGCAUUUGAGGCAGAUAGGAAAUUUGCUCCAUCCGCUGGACAAAAAGAGCUAAUUUUUAAUGCUGGUAAAAUUGAUGAGGAUAAGAUUCAGGAAAAUGUUGAAGUAGCUGAAGAAUAUGCUGGGGCAAGAAGUUCUCCGGGGUUGAAAAUCAAUGCAGAGGGUAAAACAUUAACUUUAGGUUCUGUACAGAUGAACAAUAGCAAUAACUCUGUGCGUUCGAUGAAUGAACUUGUAUCUGAUAUUAAGGAGAUAGAAACAGUUGAAGAAAUUUUGGACCAGACUGAGGUAGUUUUUGAUCUUAAGGGAGGACAAGCAAAUGUUGAUGAGCACGGGAAUUCGAGCAGAGUUCUUGAUGCUUCCCAACGGGUGCCUGAACUGGAGGAGAUUGUGGAUAAAGCUGGAGAACAUCCGAUAAUCAGCAAGGAUGAUGCCGAGAUAGAGGAGAAACGAAAUAUUUUUGAUGAAAAUGGGAAGUGUACUGAGAAAGUUGAAGCGCAUCAGGAAAUUGGUAAUGGGGAAUUGCCUAAGUUGCAGAAGUUGGUGUUUGACAAUCCACUAAAUGAAACACGGAAUCCGACCGAGAAGGAAAAGGAAAAAGAAGAAGAUCCGAGACAAGAACAAAUGGAGAAGAAAGUGGGGAGUGUUUCAAACUGGAAAGAAAAAUACCACCAACCUGGGAAGAGUUAUGAGGAAGAAGAAAUUGCUUCAAGGAAGGAAGACCCUAAUUCAUGGUUCGGAACUGAAGAGGAGCCAAAAGAGGCCCUUGAGAAAGAAAUCGAAGAGAGGGAACAGAAAGUCUUCCAAGAGGCAGGUGCAGUAGAAAAAAGGUUAGGUGGAGAUAAUGAACCAGAUAUUGAUGAGAAGAAACCUAAUUGUGCUCAUGAUGGAGAUGAGCUAGAGAUACGAGGAGAACAUGAGCGCGAAGUAAUUGGAGAGAGACAUGCAGAGAAUUCCGAAAAUGAAACAACUGAGAUGAGGCAGAUGAAUGAAAAUAAAUAUGCUGAAGAUCAGAAAAUUGCAGCCUCUCUGGAGGCUGAAGAAAUGAACAGCACACUAGGUGGAACUGGCAAACGUGAGGAUAAUCAUGAUAUAUAUGACUUUCAGGAGGCUAUUCUUGAGAAGAAUUUUGAUGCCUCUGUUGAUGCAUGUGAUAGUGGUUCAAGCACCAUAGUCACUCAGUUUCAGGAAGCCUGCACUGUUGAAUUAAAUGAUAACAGUGUAGAUGAAAAUCAACGAGAAGUUGAAAGUGAGAAAGAGAAAGGCAGCACAACGAGAGUGACUGAAACAUCUUCUUCAAUUGAAAAGAAUGAGAAACAAGAACCAGUUGAAGAAGCAUUCCAACAGGAGGACAAUGAAAUGCUCAAGGCAGCUUCCUUGAUUCGAAGUGCCUCUGAAAUGAAUUUUGUCGGUAGCAAACUGCACAAUGCCUUUGAAGAUCUUUCUUCUGAUGGCAUUACUGAAAAUUCCAGUGACACAGAUGUGAGCAAUGAAGAAAAGUUGCCAAAGUAUGGGGAUGCUUUCAGAACAUCUGACCAAAUCCACAAUGCAGCUCAAGAGGAGAAUGCUAAUGGAAACUACAUGCAAGAUUUCACUGAGUUCCAUGCUUCUGGUGAAAAAACGACGGAACUUGAUCUCACAGAUGUAAAAGUUCCAGUGGAACAAACUUCAGAGAUUGAUGAAGGAUCUGAUUCAAUUUCCAGUCUUGAAAAAAUAGAUGAAUUGUCAGAUCAUGAAACCCAAACAUUUGCAGAAAGUGUGAAGGAUGAGGCCUUUAGUAAGGAAGAAGGUACAGAUGAUCUUGAAAUGACUUGCAAUGAGGUGCAAUACGUUGAGGAACAAAAUGAAGGGGAAUCUUCUGUACCUAGUGAGGCCAAACAGAAUGAAGAAUCCCUGGAAACUGAAAGUGGGAUGAAAACAGGCCAAAACGAUGAGAACAAAUUCUCUACUGUGGAAGAUGGAGAUGCCAAAGAAAAUGUUCCUGAAGUUCAGAAGAAAGAUUGCCAGCAAAGAAUUGAAGCUAUUAAGAGGAAAAGAGAGCAGGAAAAAGAAAGAAUAGCUGUCGAGAGAGCAAUUCGAGAAGCUCGUGAAAGGGCAUUUGCUGAAGCUCGAGAAAGGGCAGAAAGGGCUGCCUUGGAAAGAGCAGCAGCCGAAGCUCGGCAAAGAGCUAUGGCAGAGGCACGAGAGAAGCUUGGGAAAGCCUCUGCAUCGACUAAACAAUCUGCCGAUAAAGCCAUCAGUGAGUCCAAGCUCAGAACUGAACGUGCUGCAGUAGAGAGAGCUACAGCAGAGGCUCGUGAACGUGCUCUAGAGAAAGCAUUCUCACAGAAAACUCCCAAUGAGGCAAAAACACAGGCUGACAAAUUUUCUGGUGUCUCCAGAAAUAAUGCAUUAAAACAUAGCUAUUCUUCAUCGGACCUGGAGAAAUUUGAUGGAAAUAAUAAUGAAUCAGCUCAAAGGCGUAAAGCAAGAUUAGAGAGGCAUCAGAGGAUAAUGGAGCGAGCGGCAAAAGCACUUGCAGAGAAGAAUAUGCGAGAUCUUCUUGCUCAGAAAGAGCAAGCUGAGAGAAAUAGAUUAGCAGAAUCUCUUGAUGCUGACAUUAAGAGAUGGGCGACUGGAAAGGAGGGGAACUUGCGUGCACUGCUUUCGACUCUGCAAUAUAUCCUUGGCCCAGACAGUGGUUGGCAACCAAUUCCCCUAACUGAAAUCGUAACAACUCCUGCUGUGAAGAAAGCUUACAGAAAGGCAACCCUUUAUGUACAUCCAGACAAAUUGCAGCAAAAAGGAGCUAGCAUUCAACAAAAAUACAUAUGCGAAAAGGUUUUCGAUCUUCUUAAGGCAGCAUGGAACAGAUUCAACUCAGAGGAGAGGUGAAUAACAUGCAAUGCAGAGGAAAUAGCAACUGUGAACAUUCUGUGAUUGCAUUUAGUUCCUUGUUUUCUAUUUAGAGGGAGGGGGCUUGUAGAUACAAUUGACGAAACUGAAAAUUUAGCUGUAGGAAAUUGCCUAUUUUCGUGGUAGAAUGAUGUACUAUAACCUGUGACAUGUUCAGAAUUUAAUUAUUGCUUGCCCCCAUUAAAUUAAAUUUUAUUUUUUUCUCUUUAUUUUC